CGGCGGAGUUUUGGGCGUUUGGGAGGGGGCGAGGGAGCUAGAGUCGAGAGAGGGAGGCGGCGGCGGCGGGGAGGAGGAGGAGGAGCAGGCGCCGCCAUGGCCGCCGCUAUCACCGACAUGGCCGACCUGGAGGAGCUCUCUCGCCUGAGCCCUCUGCCCCCCGGCAGCCCUGGCCCGGCGGCGCGGGGCCGGGCUGAGCCCCCCGAGGAGGAGGAGGAAGAAGAGGAGGAGGAAGAGGAGGCCGAGGCCGAGGCGGUGGCUGUGCUGCUGUUGAACGGCGGCGGCGGUGGGGGCGGCGGCGGUGGCGGCGGAGUGGGGGGCGGCGAGGCGGAGACGAUGUCGGAGCCGAGCCCCGAGAGCGCCAGCCAGGCCGGGGAGGACGAGGACGAAGAAGAGGACGAGGAGGAGGAGGACGAGAGCAGCAGCAGCGGCGGGGGCGAGGAGGAGAGUAGCGCCGAGAGCCUGGUGGGCAGCAGCGGCGGGAGCAGCAGCGACGAGACGCGCUCGCUCAGCCCCGGCGCCGCCAGCAGCAGCAGCGGGGAUGGGGACGGCAAGGAGGGCCUGGAGGAACCCAAGGGACCGCGGGGCAGCCAGGGCGGCGGCGGGGGCGGCAGCAGUAGCAGCAGCGUCGUCUCUAGUGGCGGCGAUGAGGGCUACGGGACCGGGGGUGGCGGAAGCAGCGCGACCUCCGGGGGCCGGCGAGGCAGCUUGGAGAUGUCGUCGGAUGGGGAACCCCUGAGCCGCAUGGACUCGGAGGACAGCAUAAGCAGUACUAUAAUGGAUGUAGACAGCACAAUUUCCAGUGGGCGUUCAACUCCAGCAAUGAUGAAUGGACAAGGAAGCACUACUUCUUCAAGCAAAAAUAUUGCCUAUAAUUGUUGUUGGGACCAGUGCCAGGCUUGCUUCAACUCUAGUCCAGAUCUGGCAGAUCACAUCCGUUCCAUACAUGUAGAUGGUCAGCGAGGAGGGGUAUUUGUUUGCUUAUGGAAAGGUUGUAAAGUAUAUAACACUCCAUCAACCAGUCAGAGUUGGUUACAGAGGCAUAUGCUGACACACAGUGGAGACAAACCUUUUAAGUGUGUUGUUGGUGGCUGCAAUGCCAGCUUUGCUUCUCAGGGAGGGCUAGCUCGCCAUGUACCCACACACUUCAGUCAGCAGAACUCCUCAAAAGUUUCUAGCCAGCCAAAGGCCAAAGAAGAAUCUCCUUCUAAAGCUGGAAUGAACAAAAGGAGAAAAUUAAAGAACAAAAGACGACGUUCAUUACCACGACCACAUGAUUUCUUCGAUGCACAAACACUGGAUGCGAUAAGACAUCGAGCCAUAUGCUUUAACCUCUCAGCUCAUAUAGAAAGUUUAGGGAAGGGACACAGUGUUGUUUUUCAUAGUACUGUAAUAGCUAAGAGAAAAGAGGAUUCUGGAAAGAUAAAACUUUUGCUUCAUUGGAUGCCUGAAGACAUUCUGCCUGACGUGUGGGUGAAUGAAAGUGAACGACAUCAAUUAAAAACUAAAGUAGUUCAUUUAUCAAAGCUACCCAAAGAUACUGCCUUGCUUUUGGAUCCAAACAUAUACAGUGUGCUGUGCUUAUGAAGGUAUAGGGGGGGAAGGAGAAGAGACCAACAUUUCUGACUAUGUGCUGAGUCACUUUGCUAGGUGCUUUAUAUACACUUCAUCCUCACAGCAGCCUGUGAAGUAGGUGUUACUAUCUCUGUUUUACAGAUUGGAAAACUGAGGCAAGAGUUUAAAUAGCUUGCCUAAGGUUACACAGAUAGGGUAUGACUGAACUCCACACUGCCUCCAUCCAAAUGACGUAUACUAGGGUGAUUCAGAAAGUGGGGAAAAUGCUUAAAAGGCACUCUUUAUGAGCAGAUUUUUAUGUUUUAAAAAUCAAUUUCAACUUGAUACGUAUUUUGCAUAGGAAUAGGUUGAAUAAGAAUAAGAUAGCAUAUAAUAAUUGAUAAUCCCAAGUGUGAAUUUUAGCUGUCAUAAAGAGACUCUGUCCCUAUGUCAAAUCCUGUAGCAGUUAAACACUCUGAAGGUUCUGUUUAUUCUAUGACUCAACUUUCUGGAAUGUAAUUCAGUAUAAUAGGAUUUCUAUAAUUUAAGAUCUCUUCUGAGGGAAAUUCUCACAUAAUGAAUGGGACUUGCCUUGUGGAAACCCCAAGAUUCUUAAGUUUUCCCUAUUCCCCCCCAAAUUAUUAUUUUUUAAGUUUAUUUAUUUUGAUUGGAGGGGGAGGGCAGAGAGAGGAAGAGAGAAUCCCAAGCAGGCUCUGCAUUGUCACCAUAGAGCCCAACUUGGAGUCGAUCCAACGACUGUGAGAUCAUGACCUGAGCUGAAAUGAAAAGUUUGAUGCUGCCGACUGAGCUACCCAGGCACUCCAACCCCGCAAAUUGUUUUAAAGAUCUUCUAGUGCAGAUGCUAAUAAUAAGUACAAUAAAAACUUGUUUUCUGUGUGAUGGAACUGUGUUCUUGAGAAAUUAACUAUUAACUAUUGAAAAAAAAUGGUGAAAUGACCUCAGAGGAGAGAUUGAGGGAAAUCCACUAUCAAAAAUACGGGCAAGUCAUGAUUUACCUUUUUCUUUUUAAGAAAAAUAAUUGAAUAUUCUUUAUUUACUGGUACUUAAUUUAGGGUUUAUUUCUGCUGACUCUUUGAAGGGAGUAAUUAAAAUUAGCAUUUUAAAAGAGUGAUAUUUGGGGAGAGCCACCCUGCUAUUAGAACUGGUUGUAAACAUCCCUUAGGCAGAGAGUUGACAAAGGGGCAUGAAUCUUAAUUAUAAGAUUCAGACUAACUUUGUGUUUCUGCCCUGCAUUCUACUUCUCCCUCUCUGAGGCGCUCUUCCUUUUUCACAGACAGCUUAUUUUUGCUAUUUUGUGUAUAUAGGAAGCAAUUUAGAUAUUAGUGAAAUUAACUUAAAAAAAAAAAAAAAACAUUUGGUUGCAGAACUAUUGUCCAAAAGAGCAUAGGAAUUGCAUUGUAUGUUGUGAAAAGUGUUAAGUCUGCAAUUCUAAAUUGAUGUCACUCUUGGGUAAUGAAGGUGUUCUUAAGACAUAUUAAAUGCAUCUGUGGAGUUAAUUUUCUUUAACUGUAUUACUGCCCCCUGCCCCGGUCUUAACAUUUAAUUUUGACUCUAAAUUUUCAUGAUUCUGCUAUUCCGGAAUUAGAAUGGAGUCUUUCCUAAAGUGGUACAGAUUAAUAGAACUGGCUACAUUUGCUGUGGUGUAACAUGUGAGCAAGGUCUGGAUUUUGAUUUGGAGAACUUGUGAAAUUAAGUAAAAAGAAUAAAGUGAUUAUUCAGACUUGUUUUAGGAGAAAUAUUUUGUGGCUUAUACAUAUCUCAAAAUGAAAGCAUGACAAACCUAAAAAUAUAUUAACUUCAAAAUGAAACUAAAAAGAACAUAUUUAUUCAAGGUUUAAACAUCAGUUUUAAAGUCCUAGUUGGCUAACAUACAUGUGUUAGGCAUGAUAUUCUUUUUUAGAAUCACAUUAGCCUACAUAAAAAGGAUUUAUUAAAAAGCUAUAUUAUAUAACUGAAAUUUGCAUCCAUUAAUGUAUGAAUGCUUUGGAAAUAAAUUUUAAUGAUCAGUGAUUAUCACACUGCCUAUAUCUUAUUAAUGUUUUUAAUGUCUCUUUUGAAAUACUUAAUGUGUUUUUGAUUCAGUCCAAUAAAAGAAUAUUCCUUUUUCUCUUUUUCUAGAACAAUGCCGCAGAAGAGGUUGAAGAGGUAAAAAAUAAAUAAA